AGCAACGAGUGCUAACUCUUCUCGGUAAUCUGUCUAUACGCUGCCCGUGUUGAACGAUGGUGCAGGAAUGGAAAACAGCGCGGAAGGAAAUCGAAGAUAUUUUGCGAUUGAAUGAACGAACUGCGAUCACCAUUACUGACGGUAUUCAGGUUCAGCACAAACUGAGAAUUCAACAUGCAAUACGCUCACUCGCUUUCUCUUCGUCGCUUACUAAAGGGCAAAACAAUGAUCUUUGCGUUGCACAUUAUGGCACCGCGAGCGCCAACCAUUUUGGCGUAUGGAAAAUCGGAUUGGCUGUGAAAUACGUCAGACUGACCACUCACUACGUCAUUUCUCGUCUCAUCUGCGUUAGACGAUUGAAGCGAAGAAUGUUUGUUGGCUAUUGUAACGACCUUAGUUUGCGAGUAUUCGAUACUCGAUUGGAAGAGUUGUCGGCGUGUGAAGUUUCCAGCACUGUCUUGUGUUUCGCAUACAGUAAUCGUAUGGACGAGUUGAUAUCCGGCGGAAUGGGAUGUGUACACGUGUGGAACUUCGGACUACAAUCAACGGGUACGUGCAGAGACACACCGUGUACGAGACUACAUGCACAGUUUGUUGUUUACUUUCUCACUUAG